UUUUUUUUUUUCUAGAGUGAUACGUACGCAUGGAGAAUUCAUCAAGUGAAAAAGGCGAAAUGAUGGAAGAGCCUUUGUUAGAUGCUUCUGAAACUCAGAAGGGUGGCUUCAGAACCAUGCCUUUCAUCCUUGUGCGGCUUUGAUGUUUGUGGCGUUGUCUGCUCUAACUCCAAACAUGAUCCUGUAUUUGAUGGAUGAAUAUCACAUGGAUAUGACCACUGGAUCAAAUAUUAUCUACAUCUGGUCAGCAGUUACCAACAUCGCUCCAGUUGUUGGGGCCUUUAUGGCAGAUUCUUUUGUGGGUCGGUUCCAGAUGAUAGAGUUGGGAUCUGUUGUCACUCUUGUGGUAAAGUUCAUUAACUGAGUUGGUUUCUUUUGUUAGUUCCCUUAAGUUUUAAGGAACAAAUUGAUGACAUAGUGUUAGCUGUAGCAAGUAAUAUGAAGUUGAAAGUUUAGAUAGUUGUAAGGAAAAUGAGAGGGAAGUCAUUUUCCACCACGGAAAAUGGUUUCCUUCUGGCAACCAAAUCCAUCAAAUCGAACAUACUCAUAAUUGUUUAUUUUCUUGUUUGUUAAUGGAUUCCCAUAAUUUAUACUGAUUGGAGGACCUUGGUUGAUUACGAAGAACCUUAAUGAACAUUUUCUGGCCCUUCAUUUUUCUACUAGUUUUCUUUGUCAUAUCUAUGGGGACAUUUCGUUUGGCAUUGAAUACCUCGUGUCCUCUCUUCUGCUAGUCUUAUUUUACCUAACUUCCAAUUAGACGAGGGGAACAAGCAUUUUCCAUAUAAUGUCGUGUCCUCUCCUUAGUUUGUUUCAUUUACAAAUGGCUUUAUGUGUCGGAAUGCAUUUCUGCAUAGAACAUUAGAAAAAAGGUUCUUCAGAUGAGAUCAUUUUAGUAAAUAGUCUAAUAUCAAUUCAACGAACUUAUCUUGUCAUUUGAAAUGUGAUAUCUUAGUCUAGUUUGUUGUUUCCGUGCGUAACUGAAAGAGUCUUGUUAGUGAUUUGAAUCUGUAGAUUAAGCUAUAGUACUCUGGUGCAGUCCUCAAUCUGAAACCGGGAUGUGUGAAGUGCAACAUGUAAGAAGUCACAGGAAGUAACCAUUUUAGCCAUUCCUUUUAGGUCCAAAUCUUAAUUAUGUUUCCAUUAGUCUUUUCUAAGAAACUAGUCUCAACUGUGGAGCUCUAGGUUAGAUAUUGUAUUACUCCGUUUCAAUAUAUGUGUCUUACUUUCUUUUCUAAUCUAUUUUAAAAAGAAUGUCACUAUCUAUAUUUAGUAACUCUUUAGUACACAUAAAAAGAAAUGGAGGAAGUAAUAUUUUAGAAAAUUUGCACAAAAGGAAGGGGGAUGAAACCUUUCCACCUUUAUGCCUACAAGACAAAGGGACAAGCCCUAUCUCCUCUUCUUCUUCUUUUUUUUAUUUUUUAUUUUUAACUGAAACAGGUAACAAAUAUAUAUGUAUAUAAUCAGCAUAAAGUCUGUGCUGAGGCCUGAGAUCCAUAUUUACAAUGUCAAAAAUUACACUAAAGAAGCAGCAGAAGUUCUGUGCUUGUUCUUCUUACAAGUAUCUCAUCUAAUAGAGAUUCUGUGUUAUACCUGAAUUCCUCUUUACACCAAAAGUGAAACAAAAAUAAGAGAAGACAGUUCAUCUUGGCUGCACUGGUCCUCUAAGUACCUCUUUCCAAAUAGUCCACCAAAUGCAAGCAGGGAUCAUGCUACACCUGUUCUUUUUUCUGGUCACUCUUCCAAAGCUAUUCCAGCAUGCAUGGCAGUAAAUCAGCAGUUGUUCCUGGCAUUGUCCAUCUGACACCCUUCAUAACUAAAAAUAGCUUACGGAGUUGGUCAGUCACUUCACAGUGCAAAAAGAUAUGACUGGCGGUCUCUAGUUCCGUACCACACAAAUAACAUCUUGAGCAUAGUUGGAUACACCUUUAUUCAAAAUUUUCUUCAGUCAAACAUGCCUCUUUUGCUACAAGCCAAACAAAGCAAGCCACUUUAUAUGGAAGAAAGAAAGAUUUCUGGACAAAAGAUUUGGCCAUGCUGUACAAAGAGACUAACGUCUAAGUUUACUGAACCUAAAUACGGGAACCUGAUCAGCAUCUGAAGAAAGUAGACUUAGCAAAGCAGCUACCAGUACAUAUUCAGACUCCACAUUCGAGGAGAGCUCCUUGGCCAAGUAAUCUGAUUGACCUCAUGAUAACAAUUAUUCAACUUGGGAUGUUUCUGUUUUGGCUGACAUCAGUGAUUCCGCAAGCAAGGCCCCCACCCUGUGUCGAUUCUAACAACAUUUGCAGAUCAGCAGAGAUGUUCCAACUCUUCUUCCUGUGUUUCUCUUUGGGGAUCAUUGCCAUUGGAGAUGGUGCAAUCAAAUCCUCAUCUUUAGCAUUUGGUUCUGAUCAGUUGAGACGGGAAGUAUAUCAAGGAAAUGCACGUGCAAUUGAGAGAUACUUCAGCUGGUACUAUGCCUUGUAUGCUUUGUCUGUCCUGGUUGCUCUCACGUGUCUUGUUUAUAUCCAAGUCAACAUGGGGUGGGCUUUAGGUUUUGGAGCCCUCGUUUUGCUAAUGUUGUUUUCAACUCUUGUAAUUUAUUUGGGUGCUCCAUUCUACGUGAAGCUGAAGCCUAAAUCGAGUUUAAUCACUGGCCUUCUUCAAGUGAUUGUAACCUCUUAUAGAAAGAGAGGUCUCAGAUUGUCGUCACAGAGUGCAGAUAUACUAUAUUAUCAGAAAAAAGGGUCAGCCAUAGUUCUUCCAAGUGAAAAACUAAGGUUUCUGAAUAAAGCUUGCAUUAUACAAGAUCCUCGAGUAGAUUUGAGCCCAGAUGGAGAAGCAACAGAUCCUUGGCGUCUUUGCACUGUAGAUCAAGUAGAAGAGCUGAAAGCAUUACUCAAAGUUGUUCCAAUCUGGUUGACGGGAGUUGUAAUGUCCAUAAAUAUAAGCCAGAACUCUUUCCCAGUUCUUCAAGCGACUACCAUGGAUCGACAUAUUGGUUCCAGCUUUGAAAUCCCAGCUGGCUCCUUUGGCAUCUUUGGUGUCAUCUCUGCUAUACUUUGGAUUGUCCUCUACGAUUCUUUGAUUCUUCCCAUAGCAUCAAAAUUGACUGGAAAACCUGCUCAUUUCAGCACAAAAGAGAGAAUGGGGUUUGGUUUAUUUCUUUCUUUCCUGUCAGUCUUAGUGGUGGCAGCUGUAGAAUGUGUCCGGAGAAGUAUCGCAAUCAAGGAGGGGUACUUGGAUGAUCCACAAGGCGUGAUCCCUAUGUCAGCAAUGUGGCUACUUCCACAGAACUCCCUUGCUGGCUUUGCAGAGGCCCUGCAUGUCAUCGGGCAAAACGAAUUUUAUAUUUCAGAAUUUCCUAGAAGCAUGUCAAGUGUAGCUUCUGCUCUAUUAGGAGUUGGUAUGGGAGUGGGAAGCUUACUAGCUAGCUUUUUAAUGAGUACCAUCGACGACUUGACUAAAAGAGGAGGGCAAGAGAGUUGGAUAUCAAGCAAUAUAAACAAGGGCCAUUAUGACUACUAUUAUUUGGUUCUUGCAGGAUUUAGUCUGGUUAACAUAAUGUGUUAUAUUGUUUGUAGUAGAGCUUAUGGUCCCUGUAAAGGAGAGGAAAGAGAGGUUAUGGAAGAAGAGAAGCCAUGAAUUGAUACUUCUUAUAGUUUCUUACUUGGUGUAUAAGAAGUGUGGGAAAGUAUUGUAGUGUGCUCGAAGAAAGUGAGGAUGGUGUAGUGAAAAAGAGAAUUCAGAAAACAGAAAAAAUUAAAGUCUCCAACUUAUUUGCUACAAAAGAGAAUAUUAUUUUAUUAAGGAAGGUGUUCUUAUUGGUGGAGUUUUGGACUAAGUCACUCAACAACUAGUCUAGAGUUGUUUGGGUCAUACUAUAUUGUCGGGUUGUGGUAUUCUAGAGGGGACAGGCAAGUAUCAUGUCAUUCUAUAGAAGAGCUUAUUAGUAUGUAUACUUUCUUUUGGGCAUGGCUGAUGCUAAUGUAUGUAUAAUGUAUCAAAUGAAGUUGUAGCCACUAA